AUGGCUUCUGCAAUUGGGAUACCAAAGAAUGAUGCAAUGCUCGUGGACAAACUUCCAGAUGAAAUCAAUGAAAUGAAAAUCAAAGACGAAAAGGUGGAAAAGGAAAUGGAAGCAGCUGUGGUGGAUGGAAAUGGAACUGAAACAGGACACAUCAUUGUAACGACCAUCGGUGGCAAAAAUGGCCAACCUAAGCAGACCAUUAGUUACAUGGCCGAGCGUGUUGUUGGACAGGGUUCAUUUGGAAUUGUAUUUCAGGCCAAAUGCUUAGAAUCUGGAGAAUCUGUUGCAAUCAAAAAGGUUUUGCAGGAUAAGCGAUACAAAAAUCGUGAACUGCAGACAAUGCGCCUCCUUGAUCAUCCCAAUGUUGUUGCACUUAAACACUGCUUCUUUUCUACUACCGAGAAGGAUGAGCUCUAUCUCAACUUAGUUCUUGAGUACGUACCUGAGACUGUAUAUCGGGUCUUGAGGCACUACAGCAAAGCAAACCAGCGCAUGCCUAUGAUUUAUGUCAAGCUUUAUACAUAUCAGAUUUUCAGAGCCUUGGCAUAUAUUCAUGGAAUUGGCGUUUGUCACAGGGAUAUCAAGCCUCAGAAUUUACUGGUUAAUCCUCACACCCACCAAGUUAAACUUUGUGAUUUUGGAAGUGCCAAAGUUCUGGUCAAAGGAGAGCCAAACAUAUCAUACAUCUGUUCUCGCUAUUAUCGUGCUCCUGAGCUGAUAUUUGGGGCUACUGAGUAUACUACUGCAAUUGACAUAUGGUCUGUUGGUUGUGUCCUUGCUGAAUUACUUCUUGGACAGCCUCUUUUCCCUGGUGAUAGUGGAGUUGAUCAGCUUGUAGAGAUAAUCAAGGUACUUGGAACUCCCACUCGCGAGGAAAUCAAGUGCAUGAAUCCAAACUACACUGAGUUCAAGUUCCCGCAGAUCAAGGCUCACCCGUGGCAUAAAAUAUUUCACAAACGCAUGCCUCCGGAAGCUGUAGAUCUGGUUUCAAGAUUGCUUCAGUACUCCCCUAACUUGAGGUGCACUGCUUUGGAGGCUUGUAUCCAUCCAUUUUUUAAUGAGCUUCGUGAUCCUAGCACACGUCUGCCCAAUGGACGACCGUUACCUCCUCUUUUCAACUUCAAACCUCAAGGUAUAUGUUGUGACCUUAUAUGUUCCUCUUUUAUUUGUACAUCUUAUCCUUCUGAUCUGUUCGUGCUUGGGGUAAUCUUACUAUCCAUUAGAUACACUGUUGCUGGUGCUAAUGUUCUGACAAUUGUUUUGCUUACAGAACUGAAAGGUGCAUCUUUGGAACUCCUUGCCAAAUUGAUUCCAGAACAUGCUCGGAGCCAGUGCCCUUUCGUUGGUUUAUGAGUGUAUUGAAGUUUCAUGUAACAUUGUGUAUACUGGGUAACAGUUUGCUAUGUAUUAUGCUCAUCCUUCACGCUGACUGAAGAAUCUGAAUAGACAAGUGCCGUAUUGGUUGCUUUUCUUGUUUUCUGCAUUUCUGUUUACCCUCUAGCUCACUUCAUCGCUAAAGACGAGGAAAACUCAACGAUGCGUUUGGGUUUUCUUCGGCGUCUAGGGCCUAGGUUAGGAGGGUGUUGAUUGUUAACUCUUAAUUAUUGCGCGAAUUGUUCGCCUUUUAACCUUUCUAAACUUAUGAAUGAACAGUGAACUCUUAAUUUAUGUGUAUGCUUAACACUAUGCUCGAGAUUCUGUUUUUGGUAAAUACUGUUAAAACUGAAUUAUUAGUAGGAAAAUGCCCAGAGGCAUACAACUUAAAAGAUUACGAACAUGAUUCACC